AUGACCGCCGCCAGUCAAACAGGUGCCGUUUCGACCGUCAAGCAACAUGAAGAGGGUGGCCAGGCCACCGGGGCAGAAUCUGCCAGUGGCCAGACGAAUAGAACCGCGCAAGGACCUCGAGUUCACCCCCGGGCUGUCAUAAGAGGCAACGUGGAACUAAGCGACGGUUGCUGCAUUGGAGCAGCGACUGUUAUCGAUGGAGGAGAAAGCGGCAUUUUUUUCGGAAAGAACACCGUUGUCGAGGAUCGAGUGAAAAUCACAAACAGAAAUUCGGUGCGUAUGACCAUCGGGAGUUACACUUGGAUUGAGGACCAAGCUGUCCUUGAAAACGUUGAGAAAGUGGGAGACCAUGUUCGCGUUGAAGCAGGAGCCCAAGUCGUUGACUGUAAAGAGCUCGGAAACGGCUGUAAUGUGGCGCAAGGAGUGAAAGUGAAGUCCAGAGGAGUGAUACCAUCCCAGAUCGUUUUUUACGGUGAGGCGGGACGCAUGGCCCACGACCCCUCCGCUAUGAUGAGGCAAGCGGCAGCUGCAGCGGCACAUCAUCCGACCCACCAGCGAUUGCUGGAGAAUCAUGUUUGA